AUGUUACGAGUCAUUUUAACCUUUUGGCAUCGGAGGAUGUUUGUUUUCACUAUUUUACAAAUAUUGUUCGUCUCCCUGGUUGGGUCGGAGGGAAAUACUAUGACAUACGAAACCAAUGAGGAGGAUGGGCCGGGCACAGUCAUCGGGAACCUGGCCAAGGACAUGUCCUUGAGUCUGGCUUUUAGCUCUAAGACCAAUUUCAGGAUGAUGAAACAAUUCAACAAUUCUUUUAUCCGGGUAAGAGAAAACGAUGGGGAGCUUACUGUCGGGGAGCGAAUAGACCGAGAAAUUAUCUGCAGGCAUACUUUAAAGUGUCUUAUCACUUUUGAUGUGGUCAGUUUUUCAAAAGAACGUUACAAAUUGAUCCAUGUUGAAGUGGAAGUGAAGGAUAUUAAUGAUAACUCUCCAGAGUUUGAAAACAAGGAAUCUACAGUGGAGAUCUUCGAAAACGCAGCGGUAGGGUCCCGUAUUCCUUUAGACCCUGCCGAGGACGCGGAUGUGGGAUCAAACUAUAUACAAAGCUAUCAAAUAUCUGUCAACAGUCAUUUUUCCAUUGAUGUGCUUCUAAGAGCGGAUGGGGUUAAAUAUGCGGAGUUGGUGCUAAUGAAAGAGCUAGACAGAGAGACUCAGUCAUUUUACAUGGUCGAGCUUGUUGCCACGGAUGGAGGGAACCCAAUUAAGUCUGGAUCCACAAAGAUAACUAUCAAAGUGACUGACUUUAAUGACAACAGUCCCGUUUUCGACCAGAAUAAUUUCUCGGUCAGUUUGUCCGAGGAUGCCCCGAUUGGGUUUGUGUUAUUGGACUUACACGCCGUUGAUCCUGAUGAUGGUCUAAAUGGAGAAGUCACCUAUGGAUUUGGAAAACAGGUUUCGUAUGAGAUUCGAGAACUUUUUGAAGUGGAUAAUAAAUCUGGUCGCUUGAUACUUAAGAGCCCAGUCGAUUAUGAAAGCAAGAAAACAUACGAGUUAGAUGUGCAAGCAACUGAUCUUGGACCUAACCCGACCCCCUCCGUCUGUAAAAUCAUUAUUCAUGUCAAAGACGUUAAUGACAAUGCCCCAGAAAUCAGUAUUACCCCAAUGACCUCCAUCACAACAGGCAUUGCAUUCAUCAGUGAGGCAGCAGACAAGGACAGUCUAGUGGCGCUGAUCAGCACCUUGGACAGGGACUCGGGCGUCAACAGUCAGGUUCACUGUACCUUGUAUGGCCACGACCAUUUCAAACUCCAGCAGGCUUACGAGGACAGCUACAUGAUUGUAACAGCUGCAGCUCUGGACAGAGAGAAAAUAAGCGAGUACAAUUUAACAGUGAUGGCUGAGGAUUUUGGGUCACCCCCGCUGAGAAAAAUAACACAAUACACUAUUAGGUUGAGCGAUGAGAAUGACAAUGCCCCUCGUUUUAGUAAACCCGUCUACGAAGUUUCUGUUCCAGAGAACAAUGCACCAGGUGCAUAUAUAACCACAGUAGAGGCGAGGGACGCGGACCUGGGCAACAAUGGCAAAAUUACCUACAGGCUUUUAGACAGUGUUAUAAUGGGAUCUCCCAUUAACACAUUUGUGUCACUCAACGCAAUGUCUGGGUCAAUAUAUGCACUGCGAAGUUUCAACUAUGAAGUCAUGAAACAACUGGAUUUGCACAUCCAAGCAAGUGAUGGAGGGUCACCUCAGCUUCAGGGCAGCGCAGUCAUCAAGCUGAAAAUAGUGGAUCAGAAUGACAACCCACCGUUUAUCACGGAACCGGUCCUUAACAAAGGCUCUGCUGAGGUUUUCCUGCCCAAAGAUUCACCUGCAGGUUAUGUUGUAACCCAGAUAAAGGCCACAGAUGCUGAUGAAGGCACAAACGCACAGCUCUCCUUCAAAAUCAUUGAGGGCGGACACCUGGGGUUCUCCAUCAACAAAGCCACGGGGAAGAUGUACGUGAGCCGUGAGCUGGCCUACGACAUCACGGCCAGUCUGAAAGUCGUGGCCGCCGUCAGUGACAGUGGAACGCCUGCUUUGUCCUCCACGGCAACCAUCCAUUUCACUCUCAUCGAAGGGACUCCCUCCAGUGUGCUCUCCGAGGUUCCCAAUGAGACAGAGGAGCUGUUUGAGUGGGACUUGUCCAUAGCCAUUAUCAUCGUCCUGGCAGGGAGCUGCUCUCUGCUUCUCCUCGCCAUCAUCCUCAUCACAACCACUUGUAGUCGACGCAAAAGAGACAAGAGAGAGGGAGGCUACGAGGACAAAGAAGAAGUGCCAAACGUGGAGAAGGGGGACAACAGCCCUAUUAAUUCAUUGAUCACCAGCCACAAUAGCAAUGUGUUUGACGUUCAGUCGUUCCCAGAAAAACCCCCGCUGGCCAAUGCCAACACAAUGAAGAAAGGCUCUGAGGAGGGGAAACAAACAGCCAGCAUCUUUGAGCCUAACAAUAGGCGAAUGGAUGGUAAAUUGGAGGGUUAUUCCACACUACCAGGAUAUGGGAAAGAGACAAUCAGACCCAUAACAAUAUGGAAGGGCAAUUCAUUUACAACAAUCUGUGCAAGAGACCCUCAGUUCAGUGGCAAGGACAGUGGGAAAGGAGACAGUGACUUCAAUGAUAGUGAUUCUGACAUAAGUGGAGAUGGCCACAAAAAAGACUCUCCACCAAUCAACAGUCUUUGGGCUUGCACUAAUGAGUGUAAGAUCCUGGGUCACUCUGACCGUUGCUGGAGUCCCUCUGCCACCAGACCCAACACAAGCCUCACCCAUGGACUCCACCUCUCCACCUUCUCUAAGACAGCCUCACUGCCCAGGGACAGUCGCAGAGAAAACUACUAUCCAGCACACCUACCCAAAACAAAUGGUCUACAAAGCGUUUAUGAAAAAGUACAAAAUCAAGAGUUUGAUUAUAUUCUUGUUGGCCCACCAACACCAGCCAGAAUCCCAGAGACUGAUGAGCUUUCCAUUUCAGAGUAUUCACACUCUUAAACCUUUUUGAGAAUAAACAGUAACGUGUUAAACACACUACGCAUCUUAUAUACUGUACAGAUUGAUUUGUUUCAAUGUUAGAGUGUUUUGUAUCUAGACUACUGUAUGACUGUUUAUUGUAUUAUGUGUAAUAUGCAAGAUUUUGUACAUUCAGAAUAUAUUUUUCAUAACGAUUCGUGUAAUCAACAGUUUUAUGAUACAUUUUGAUGAGCAUGUGUUACUAUUUAAGAGGCAUG